GUAAUCACCGGAUUACUGGAGAUUGGAUACGAUCACCUGCAGGUGGGUUAUCCAGAUUAUCCGGAUUAGCUGGUUAUGGAUUACAACUAUGCCCUCCUGGUUAUGGAUUACAACUAGAUGUUUUGAAAAAGCAUCGUUAUAACAUUCGCUAUCACAUUAUUGAUUGUUAUACGAAAAAGCAUCGUUAUAACAUUUGCUAUCGCAUUUUUUGA